AUGUAUCUAUCCAGAGAAAUGAGAAGCCACGAGAAUGUAAUAUAUGGUGGGGACACCUUUGCACACCAAGGCCACUUAAAUGGGCAUUUGUGUGUUGCAGAUAAAGAGUCGGAUGUGUCUAAGAAGGCUUCCAAACAGCAUAUAGCUAAAAAGCCUAUUGAAUCUAGCGCAUAUUUUAAGUCAUUUAUGCAUUUGAAUGGUCUAGAUCAAAAUGUGUCUACCCUCACUGAUGAGAAACUACAUGAAUGUAAAAUAUGUGGGAGGAUGUUUUCACUCUUCUGUAUCCAUGACAGUGAAGAGCCAAAUUUGUUAGAAAAUGCUUCGCAGCAGCGUGUAGCUGAAAAACCUAAUGAAUCUGAUGAGAGCCAUUUGAUUGAACAUUUCUGUAUAAGUACAACUGAAGCAGGACAUAGGUGUGAAAACAUUUCCCAAUCACCUACUAGAGGUAAUUCUAAUGAAUCUAUUGCAUAUUUAAAAUCACCUGCAUAUACAGAUGACUUAAACCACAUGUGUAUCCAGAGAUAUGAGAAGCCCUAUGAAUAUAAGAAGCCAUUUAAAUGUAAUAUAUGUGAAAUCCAUUCACACGAGGAACCAGAAAGGUUUGAAAAUGCUUCCCAGCAGCAUACACAUGAAGAACCAUUUGUAUCUGAGAAAGCUUGCCAACAACAUGCAGAUGGAAAAUCUGAUGAAUCUGACACUAGUUUAAAACUCAUCUGCAAAUAUCGAUGA